AUGCCUGAAUCAAUUGGUGUUGUUGGUGCAGGAUUAGUUGGAUGUUUGACAGCAUUAGCAUUCAGUAAAAAAGGUUAUGAAGUUUCUUUAUUUGAUUUGAGAGCAGAUCCAAAAACAAUUAAUCAACACAAGAGAAAUUUAAGGUCAAUUAAUUUGGCAGUUAGUAAUAGAGGUAUACGAGCAUUAAAAUAUGUGGAUGAUGAAUUAACCAACGAGAUCCUAGAUAAAGUUAUACCUAUGAAAGGUAGAAUGAUACAUGAUAUAACUGGAACAAAGGAAGAGUCUCAAUUAUAUGGAUUAAAUGGAGAAUGUAUAAACUCAAUUGAUAGAUCAUUUUUAAACGAUUUAAUAUUAGAUAAAUUAAGAAAAUCAAAUGUCAAAUUAUUCUUUGAGUAUAAAUUAACAAAGCUAAGUAAUUUAGAGCAAUCACCCAAGAUGGAAUUUUCUACUAAACAAGGUACAAGAGAUUUUAAUUUUGAUUAUGUGAUUGGAGCUGAUGGUGCACAUUCACAAUUUAGAACUCAAAUGCAAAGACAUAUGAGAAUGAAUUUCACUCAAGAAUAUAUAGAUAUGCAGUAUAUUGAAUUAUAUAUACCACCAUCACCCACUACAAAAUUCUCAAUAGAUCCAAAUCAUUUACAUAUAUGGCCAAGACAUGAUUUUAUGUUAAUUGCAUUAGCUAAUGAAGAUGGUUCUUUUACUUCAACUUUUUUCAGUCCAUGGUCAGUAAUAGAUUCUAUUCAAAGUAGUGAUGAGUUUUUGAAUUUUUUCAAGACAAAUUUCCCAGAUGCUUACGAGUUGGUGGGUGAAAAGGCUUUAAUUGAAGCAUACAAAAAUAAUCCAAGAGGUUCAUUAAUGCAAGUAAGUGCUUAUCCUUAUAAUAUUCCAAGUGGUAAAGCCAUAAUAAUUGGAGAUGCUGCUCAUUCAAUGGUUCCAUUUUACGGUCAAGGAAUGAAUUGUGGAUUUGAAGAUGUAAGAAUAUUAAUGGAACUAAUUGAUUCGAAUAAUGGAGAUAUAUCUAAUGCAUUUGUAGAAUAUUCACCAAAGAGACAAAUAGACUUGAAAGCUAUUUGUAAAUUGGCUAUGGAUAAUUAUUUUGAAAUGUCUUCAAAAGUUACAAAUAUUUGGUACCUCACUAAAAAGAAAUUGGACUAUACUUUGGGUAGUUGGUUUCGAAAUAGAUGGUUACCAUUAGAAAACAAUCAAGAAUUUUACAAAAUCUACAAAUUGGAAUUUUCUCAUCCGUAG